GUCUUUUUGAAAGAAUGAAAUGUCAGAAAACAAGACCUAACGUUUACAGCACAACUGUUUUCAGAAGCAUCACGAAGCACCUCGGAAAAUAAAAUCAAAAAUGUCUCAACCACAAUUCGCCGCUCUGACUGACCGCGAUGUCAACACUCAAAUCAACUCCAACGGCGGCAAUGCCCAGAACGAGAAGAUGCAAGGCGAACAGCAUAAGGCUGUUUCUGGAUUGAAUGGCAAAGCCAGCGGCACAUACGUCUCACCUUCAGACGCCAUCCUCAGCCCAGCCAGCCAGAAACUCGCAGGCUUCAAGCAGAGACAGAUCAACAAGCAAUCCAACAACUCCAAACCAACAGCCCGCUCCCUCUUCUCCCGCACCGCCAGCAGCGUUAGCCAGCUCGAAGACGCGGACGACAUCAAGCAGUAGACUACAUCGCUCGAGCAGCAGUCUUCUCUUUCAAGGCUAGAUUUGUACAACACCACACCCUCCGAUGAAACUGGACACCACGACUACCACUGGACACGACAACGACACCUGGGAACAGGAAGCUACAACCACUACGACUCAAAAGUAGCAGCUUCUACCUUUUUCUUCUUCUACAACGAUACCCACAAAUAAUGAAAAUGGAAUAUACAAGUCUCUCUGCCUUUGGGCGAGAGCAUGGCGUUCGGAAGGGGCGGGGAAGACGAGUGUUUAUUCAGCCCGGAAGGCAGUGAGGGAACUGCUUGUGGGAUGGUCAUGGAACACCACACUCUCUUUUCCAUUUCGUUUUUCAUAGAUUCAGACUGGCAUGAGAGACAGAACAAUGCAAUUCAAAGAUGAAACGCAGGC